UUUGUCGCCCAGAUGGGCCCUGCUUCGGAAGGACGUUUUGGACUCCAGAGAACGGUUCCUCGAGUCCCGGCCCCUCUGGGGGCACGUGAAUAUAGGACAGUUCUGGCCCGUUGAACCGGUCCAGACAAGGCUGCGGAGGGAUUGGAUGGCGCUUGGGCAGGGCUCUGCUCAGGCAGCGUUUAGAGCAGCCCCGGCUGGGUCCUCCCGGGGCCUUCCUGCCUUUGAACAGCGGUGGCGGGCGGGUACUCCGUUCCCGGCACGUUGGAGAGUAGGGACCGCCAUCUCCAUGGCCACAGUUGCGAGUGGGUCCUGCACCGGCGGGUCUCGGGACAUCCUCUGGCGCGUUUUGGGCUGGAGGAUUGUUACAAGUAUUGUUUGGUCAGUGUUGCUUUUACCCAUCUGCACCACAGUGUUUAUAAUCUUCAGCAGCAUUGAUUUAUUUCAUCCUAUACAGUGGUUGUCAGAUUCUUUCAAUGACUUAUAUAGUUCCCAUGUAAUCUUUUACCUCCUGCUCCUGUCAGUGGUAAUUAUAAUAAUAAGUAUUUUCAAUGUGGAAUUCUAUACAGUUGUGCCCUCCAUACCUGGCUCCAGACUGGCUCUGAUAGGGAGGCUCCUUCACCCUCAGCAGCUCAUGCAUUCAUUUGUGCAUGCUGCCAUGGGAAUGGUGAUGGCCUGGUGUGCAGCAGUCCUCACCAAGGGCCAGUACAGUUUUCUCGUGGCUCCCUGCACUGGAACUGAGAGCUUAGAUAGCCCUGCUGCACAGACCUGCUUGAAUGAAUAUCAUCUUUUUUUCCUACUGGCUGGAGCAUUCAUAGGCUAUAGCUAUAGCCUCCUAUAUUUUGUUAACAACAUGAACUAUCUUCCAUUUCCCAUCAUACAGCAGUACAAAUUUUUGUACUUCAGGCGAUCUCUCGUCUUGCUAAUUAAACAUAGCUGUGUGGAAUCCAUGUUCCUGGGUAGAAAUUUCUGCAUUGUGUAUUACUUUUUUGGCCAUAUUCCUAAAGCUUGGAUUAGCACUGCUAUGGAUCUUCACAUAGAUGAGCAGGCUCGAAGGUCUCUUGACACACUAAGUGGCCUCCUGAACCUCUCCUUACUCUAUCACAUCUGGCUAUAUGGUGUCUUCCUCCUGAUGACUUGGUACAUCUCAUGGGUACUCUUCAAAAUCUAUGCCACAGAGGCUCAUGUGUUCCCUGUUCAGCCACCAUUUGCAGAAGAAUCAGAUGCAUGCCUCCCGAAGGUCUUAAAUACCAACACCCCUCUCAUCAUAAAGUAUUUGGCUCUGCAGGACCUGAUGAUGCUUUCUCAAUAUUCUCCUUCUCGAAGACAAGAAGUUUUUAGCCUCAGCCAGCCAGGUGGACAUCCCCAUAACUGGACUGCCAUUUCAAGGGAGUGUUUGAAUCUUUUAAAUGAUAUGACUCAGAAACUGGUUCUCUACCAAGAAGCUGCUGCUACAAAUGGCAGAGUGUCUUCUUCAUACCCAGUGGAACCCAAGAAACUGAAUUCUCCAGAAGAAACUACUUUGCAGACACCAAAAUCUAGCCAUAUGCCUCAGCCUUCAGUGUCAUUAGUUAAAACAUCACUGUUUUCUUCAAAAUUAUCUACACCUGAUGUUUCAAGUCCCUUUGGGACCCCAGUUGGCUCUAGUGUGGUAAAUCGAAUGGCUGGAAUUUUUGAUGUAAACACCUGUUAUGGGUCUCCCCAAAGUCCUCAGCUGAUAAGAAGAGGGCCUCGAUUAUGGACUUAUACUUCUGAUCCGCAAAUAUCUGAAUUCUCUAAUCCAUUUUCUUGCACCUCUAUUACUGCUGAGGGUAAGACCGUGAGACAGCCCAAUGUGGUUUACUCCUGGAUUCAGAGUAAAUGUGAACAGAUUAAGAAUUUCUUGUCAAAACGGGUGCUGAUAGUGUACUUUUUCAGUAAGCACCCAGAGGCUUCCAUUCAGGCUGUUUUUUCAGAUGCCCAAAUGCAUAUUUGGGCUUUAGAAGGUUUAUCUCACUUAGUAGCAGCGUCAUUCACAGAAGAUAGAUUUGGAGUUGUCCAGACUACACUACCAGCUAUCCUUAAUACUUUGUUGACACUACAAGAGGCAGUUGACAAGUAUUUCAAGCUUCCUCACGCUUCCAGUAAACCACCCCGGAUUUCAGGAAGCUUUGUGGAUACUUCCUACAAAACAUUAAGAUUUGCCUUGAGAGCCUCACUGAAAACUGCCAUCUAUCGAAUAACUACCACAUUUGGUGAACAUCUGAAUGCUGUGCAGGCAUCUGCAGAACAUCAGAAAAGACUUCAACAGUUCUUGGAGUUCAAAGAAUAGUUAAGUAAUAUAAACUGUGUUCAUUACACUGCUGAUACAACCACAGAUGGGACAGUAAAUGUUCAGCAUUCUUGGAUCAGAAGAAAAUGGACUAAUUAGAUGCUUCCUUUGUCGUGGUGGUUGCUUUGAAAACUAUACUUUAAUGGGAGAAAUCAUGGAAAGAAAUUCUCAGCAGAAUAACCCAAAACUGCCUUUUCUGUACAAAAUGCUUUUUGUGUAUGUGGUGCAAUAAAAUCUUUAUUCAGCUUUACAGGAGCA